AUGAAGGCUCUGUGUAUUUUAGCUGUUAUUGUGGCAUGUGUAGCUGGUCCUAUCCAUCACUCUCUCCUAAGCAGUAGAAAUGUUUUCACUAAUAAUCAUCAGACAAAAUCACUGGAGAGUAAAACAAGGGAGUUGGAAUAUAAGAUUACAAGAACCUGGGACAGCAUUGUUGUGAUGCAUGAGCCUGUAACCAUCAGAUUUAAGGCAGGUGACCAAGGAUUAAUAAUGCAAGUGAAUUCCCUAUUCUUUAAUGACCCUUCUGCUCCAUCUGGUGAGCCAGGGAAGCCUUUUGAUGGACUUUGGGAUUAUGAAGUUGUUGAAUCUUUUUUUCUGAAUAGUGAGACUGAAAACUAUCUGGAAGUAGAGCUUUGCCCGCAUGGACAACAUCUUGUAUUAUUACUCUCUAGAGGAAACUGUUUUAAAAAAGGACUUGACUUGGUAUUUAAAGCAGACAUAAACUGGAGCAAAUGGAAUGGCACAGCAAUUAUUCCUUGGAGCUAUUUCCCACCUGGUGUUGACAAGAUGAAUUCAUAUGCCAUCCAUGGAUCUGGGAUUGGAAGAACAUAUGAGGCACUUUAUCCAAUACCUAGAGAGGAGAUUGAAUUUGAUCAGAAGCCUAAUUUUCAUCGUCUGGAGUAUUUCAAAAGCUUCAGUCUAAAGUGGAUUAUGGGAGAGAACUGGGAGCAACCAGCAUCAGACCUGUGGAUAUAGCUUAAUCAGUGUCUACAAUCAAGUAACACUCUAAAUCACAAACACAGUUAUUAUUUUUAUAUAUAUAUAUAAAAACACUUCAGCAAAAACUAACAGCCUCUAUCCUCCAAAUACUUUAAAAGUCUAUUUUUAGAUUUCUGGAAUGAAGUUGUAUUUUGUCACUUUUUCAACUGAUGUGGCAAUUAAAAUAAAG